AUGCUUGCCGGUGUCGCGGCUGGCGUGGCCGAGAGCGUGACAGUGGUGACCCCUGGCGAGAACAUCAAAACCAAGAUUGUAGAAGACAGAGCUGGCGCUAGGCGAUUCAAAUCGACAAGCCAUGCGAUCAGAAGUAUCGUAGCCAUGGAGGGCCUCGGAGGGCUUUUCCGCGGCAUUCUGCCGGUGACUCUGAAGCAGGGCUCGAACGCCCUUGUUCGGUUCACCAGCUACAAUGCUCUCCUCGAUGUGAUCAGCCCACCAAUGGAGCUCCGCGGCAAGGGAUCUCUAGCUCCAGUAUUUGCAGGCGCUACAGCGGGUAUCAUUACGGUCUACGCUACGAUGCCUUUUGACGUCGUCAAGACCAAAAUGCAAGCUCUUGAAGGCGCCAAUGUCCACCGUGGAACGUGGCAAUGCGCAUCCGCUAUUGUUCAAGAUUCUGGGUUAUCAGGGCUGUGGAAAGGCACGACACCUCGGCUGGCGCGACUAAGUAUAUCUGGUGCAUUGAGCUUCACCAUCUACGAAAACGUUGUCAGUUUGAUGCAACAGGGCAGCAAAGACGAGGGAAGAAGGUUAGAAGCUAAGUUGUGA